UCUGUUCAAAGUUACCAUGGCAGAAGCUCAUGAAGUGCAGCUCCCCUUAAAAGUUUCUGAAGGAGCAUCCGAAACAAUUAUUCCUAAUGGGGUUGAUAGUAAUUUGUCCAACCAAUCAAGAACUGCAAUCAAAAUCAAAACCAGAUAUCAGCAUUGGUUAAGAAUAGCCUUGCGCGUUGUUCUUGUGUUUGUGGGCCAAUCAUCUGCAAUACUUCUGGGAAGAUUGUACUACCAGGAAGGUGGAAACAGUAAAUGGAUAGGAUCACUUGUCCAACUUUUGGGUUUCCCUAUUCUCCUCCCACUUUAUAUUAUUCCUGCAUCCAAAAAUCCCACUACAAAAAUUGCUGUGCACAAUGAUGAUAACCCACCUUCAGCUUUCAUGCUAGCUUUUGUCUAUGUCUUUCUUGGUCUUCUUCUUGCAUUAGAUUGCUUCUUAUACGCUACUGGUCUGGCUUACCUUCCUGUUUCCACAUAUUCUCUUAUCUGCUCAUCAAAAUUAGCCUUCAAUGCCUUCUUCUCCUUCUUCCUUAACUCACUCAAAUUCACACCUUGCAUCGUAAACUCUGUAGUCCUUUUAACAAUCUCCUCCAUCCUCCUCGUUUUUCAAACUGGUUCUUCUACAGAAUAUUCCAGCACUGAAGUUUCAUCAAAAAAGAAAUACUUGAUUGGGUUCAUAAGCACUGUUGGUGCUUCAGCUGGGUAUGGCUUGCUACUUUCUUUGACACAGCUUGCAUUCAAUAAAGUCAUGAAAAAGGAAAGCUUCAAGGGGAUUUUGGACAUGGUGGUGUAUCAGGCACUUGUGGCAUCAUUGGUAACACUGGUGGGGCUGUUUUGUAGUGGAGAGUUUAGAGAUUUUAAAGCAGAAAUGGAGGAGUUUGAGAAAGGGAAGGCAAGUUAUGUGUUAACAUUGAGCUUCACUGCUAUAACAUGGCAGGUUUAUGCAGUUGGGUGUUUGAGUUUGAUUCUGGAGGUGUCAUCAUUGUUCUCUAAUGCUAUAGGCACUCUGGGUUUGCCUAUUGUGCCAGUUUUGGCUGUGUUGUUCUUCCAUGACAGCAUGAAUGGGUUGAAGGUGAUCUCUUUGGUGGUUGCUGUUUGGGGAUUUUUGUCAUACGUAUAUCAGCAGUACUUGGAUCAGAAGACUAAUUCUAAGACUCAUCAACACAUACAGAAGGAAUAGUGAUAUUUUCAGGGAUUCACAGUCUCAUCAAGAGGUGAAUCAUUGUACGUGUUAUAUGUUUACAUGAUUGUUU